CUUUGCUUACAUUCAUCAUCUGCAAUCGGACGACACAUGGCCCGAGAUAAAUUGACAGCAAUCCCAAGAAUGUCGUCGAACGCUCCCAAUCUCCAUGUCCGCAUGGCCACUGCUGACGAGCUACCAAAGCUCCUUGACAUUGCUCUCGAGUCCUUUGGCCACAACCCCUACAGCCAAGCCAUCUUCUCCAACGCGACCGAUGAGGAGCGCCUGACCCAGGGCCGGCGGUGGCGAGAGGAUCGCUACAGGGCAAACUUUGAAAAGCCAGGGCAGCACUAUCUGGUUGUCGUUCAAGCUCCGUCCAACAGGGGCGACAGAGAGGAAAUUGCUGGCUGGGCUUUGUGGCAGCAGCCGCGCACAGAAGUCGAUCCCGAUGCAGCAGGUGGCCAAACGCCAAAGACUGUUGCUCCUCUGCCUUCUAUUAUCAAUGGCCAGGCCAUCGAAGCCCGCGAGCGAGCUUUGACGGAUGCUUACAAAAAGGCCUUUGGGGAGGAUGGGAUGCGCCGGAUGUGGGCUGCGGAUAUUGUGGUAGUAGACCCUAGGCAUCGUCGAAAGGGCGUCGGGUCUAUGCUCAUGAGGUGGGGGCUGGACAAGGCAAAGAAGAGUGAGACUGACGCGUAUAUUGUGGCCACAGACAUCGGGCGAGACAUGUACCUGACCGUGGGGUUCCAAGAUGUGUUUCGAUUUUGGACAGGCGUAGAUUAUAACUGGCUAAUGGUAUGGAGAAGAAACAUGGAGAUAUAGCCAGCCCCUCUGGCUUUACCGGAUCACAUUACGCAAGCGCCUGAACGGUAGUGAGGUUUAGAUCGAGGUGCUGUGGGAAUGCGAUUGGAACUUUGACGAGGUCCGCACUUGGGAUCCCGCCCCAUCCUAUUCGCCGUUAAUCCCGGCGAUACUGGCCCGCCUCGUAUCUCAUGCAAUCCUUCGUGUAUGCAGUUCUCUUUUGCCGACGCGUUACAUCUCGGCCCGAAUAAGGGAACCAUUUUAGUUUACGGCACCGGUUUCUG